AUGUCGUCCACAGGCCCGCCUCGUCGGGUGGGGAUGCGCCACCACAAACUUCGGGCGCCGCGCAGCCAUGGCUUAUCCAUGUCCGUGGAUGAAAUGUGGGCGCGUUUGUCCGCCGCGUUAACGCAGAUCCAGCAGCACAAUAUCUCAAAGCUAAGUUACGAGGAACACUACCGGUACGCGUACAAUCUCAUCUUGAACCAGCAAGGCGAUAAGCUGUAUGCAGGUGUGCGAAAACAAGUCACGUCGCACUUGGCACACCAAGGCGGCACGACACUGGUCCCUCUGUUCCCCGUCGAGAGCGAUCUGGUCGCGAUGGCAGCCGAAGGUAUGGAUGCACCAUCGUCCUCUCAUCUGUCUCAUUCGCUCGGUUUGCUACCUGCACUUGCGGAUGCUAUCGUACCUACGAUGGCGGCCAACGAGCGUUUCCUUGGCGCGAUGACAGACGUAUGGACCGAUCAUUGCUCGUGCAUGAGCAAGAUUCGCGAUGUCCUUAAGUACGUCGACCGUGUCUACGUCCCGAAUCACCAGCGUGCGCCGAUUUGGGAGAUGGGCCUCGAUGUGUUUCGUGAUACGUUGCUGCAAUCCUCGCACGUCCCCUACUAUGUUCAGCUUAUGGUCACGCUCCUACGUCAGAUCUACUGUGAGCGCGAAGGCACAGCCAUUGAACGUCGCACUAUUAAGGAUAUUACAGAUAUGCUCCUUGCGCUGCCGCACUCGACGGCCACCAGCAUGUAUGCAUAUGCUUGGGAACCCUUGUUCCUGGCCACAUCGUCAGAGUACUUCACGGCAGAGGCUCAUCGGUUGCUGGAUACACGCAUGGCCACCUACUACUUGGAAGAAACCGAACGGCGACUGCACGACGAAGCCGCGCGUGUCGCCGCGUACCUUGCGCCGUCCACGGCCGCACCGCUGCAGGCCCUGGUCGAACGGUGCUUCCUUACUGAGCAUCUGGAGGCUAUCGUCUCCAUGUCCGAUGGUGGGCUAGUCGCCUUGCUUGAAGCGGAUGCGCGCUCUGCGUUGGAGCGUAUGUAUCGCCUAUUCCGCCGCGUCACACCUGGACUUCCAGCGCUGAAUCAUGCCCUCAAGGCGUACGUGGCCGAGCGUGGCAAAGCGAUCAACGAGCGAGCAUUGACGUCACGCGAUGCAGAGGCUCCGUCCACGCCUACUCUGGAGAUUGCCAUGCAAUGGGUCGAGCACGUUUUGGACUUGAAGCGCCGCAUGGACGGCGUGCUCUACUCAAGCUUCCAAGGCGAUAAGAGUUGCGAGGCGGCCAUCAAUGAAGCCAUGGAAUCCUUCAUCAAUAUGAACCAGCGUGUGCCGGAAUUCCUGUCGCUGUUUAUUGACGAGCACUUGAAGAAAGGGACACGGUCCGCGGUGGAUACCGACUGGGAACAUGUGCUUGAUAAGACCAUGACCGUUUUCCGUUUUGUGCACGAGAAAGAUGUCUUCGAGCGGUAUUACAAGAUGCACCUUACGCGUCGUCUGCUGCACAACCGCAGUGUCUCGGACGAUGCUGAGCGUAGCAUGAUCGCCAAGCUUAAAGUGGAAUGUGGUCAUGGCUACGUGCAGAAACUGCAAGGCAUGCUGAACGAUAUGAAGCUCAGCGAAGACGUGCUCUCAGCCUUCCAGUCGUCCAGUGUGCUGCAAGCCUCGCCGUUGCCGCUGCAGAUGAAUGUGAAUGUACUCACUGCCACCUACUGGCCCAUUUCAUCGCCUACUCAGUCCUGCGUGUACCCUCCUGUGAUGCAGCAGGCUUGCGACGUGUUCGAGCAGUUUUAUGCGUCGCGGCAUCGCGGCCGUGUGCUCACAUGGCAGCCUUCGUUAGGCACAGCAGAAGUGCGGGUACGUUUCAAGGCUCGUUCGCAUGACUUGAUUGUCUCGACGUACGCAUUGAUGGUCUUGCUUCUCUUUGAGUCGGUGCCAGAUGAUGCGACACUGUCGUACAAAGACAUGGCUGCCGCGACGCAGAUCCCUGCAGCGGAUCUGCAGCGGACACUGCAGAGUUUGGCAUGUGCGAAGUACAAGGUGCUUCGGAAGGAGCCGAAAGGCCGUGAUGUGAAUGAGACCGACGUGUUUGCGUUCAACGCGGACUUUACGUGUCCGCUGGCGCGGAUCAAGAUUGCGCAGGUGGCUGCCAAAGUUGAGACGCCGCAAGAACGCAAAGCCACUACGGCCAAAGUCGAAGAGGAGCGAAAGAAUCAAGUCGAGGCAUGUAUUGUGCGCAUUAUGAAGAGCCGCAAGACAAUGACACACAAUGAGCUGGUCAACGAGGUGGUGCAGCAGCUGCUUCCUCGUUUCCAGCCCACGCCGGCCCUAAUCAAGAAGCGCAUCGAGUCGUUGUUGGAUCGAGAAUACUUGGAGCGCACGGAUACCCGACAUGUAUACCAGUAUGUAGCGUAG